ACGAGAAGUAAGCUGACAGUAACUCGCCAUGUUUGAUGAUAUUCUCGUCAUUGUUGGUCAGUUCGGUACCUACCAAAAAAGGAUAUACUUCUUGCUGUGUCUACCUGCUAUCACCUGUGCUGUACAUCUGGUGUCUAGUGUGUUCAUACUUGCCUCUCCUCGUCACAGAUGCUUUUUACCUGAUUGGCCGAAUGACACAUACGCCAUUCAAAAUGUUGAUCAUGCUCUUCUCAUCAACGACACGAUACCGUCGGCCGAGCCCGGGUCGGGUGCUGUUUACAAACCCUGUCACAUGUAUGUGGCCAACGUCACACAGGUGUUCAGCGAUCCGGAUUACCACCCCGCCAACAGAACGGUCACGUGCGACAAAUGGACUUAUGAUAAGGCUAUAUUCGAAUCCACAAUCGUUACCAAGAUGGACCUGGUCUGUGAGCUGAAGGAUCUAAAGUCUCACGCACAGAUGAUCUACAUGGCAGGGGUGCUCAUCGGUUCUCUCCUCUUUGGGAUAUUAUCUGAUAUAUUUGGCCGGAAGAAGAUAUUUUUCACGGGUAUCCUGCUGCAGCUAGUUACGGGUUUAGCUGCGGCCUGGGCCCCCGAAUACUACACGUUUAUCAUGCUGAGGAUGUUAAACGGUGCCUCAAACUCAGCGGUGUUCACAAAUGCCUUUGUCUUAGGUGUUGAACUGGUCGGGCCGUCUAAGCGGGUUUGGGCAGGGAUUGUCAUUGAAUAUUUCUUCGCAUUGGGCAUCGUGCUUCUGGCAGGCAUCGCCUUCCUUAUCCGGAACUGGCGGUACCUGCAGAUCGCCGUCUCUCUGCCAUCAGCGCUCUUCCUCGUAUAUUGGUGGAUAAUACCGGAAUCUCCCCGCUGGUUGAUCGCUAACAAGAGACUAGACGAAGCAGAGGAAAUCCUGAGGCACGCUGCGCAUGUCAACAAGGCCAAGCUUCCGGAAAAACUGUUUGAUGAGAGAGAGAAAGAGGUGGGUGGUGAGUCGACGGCGACCUACUCCGCCAUCCUGCAUUCGCCAACACUUCUCACAAGGUCGGCCAUCCUCUUCGUCAACUGGCUGGUAAUCAGCAUGGUCUACUAUGGCCUAUCCUUAAACAGCGGCAAUCUAGCCGGUGACAUCUACCUCAACUUCUUCCUCGUCGGCCUGGUGGAGUUUCCAGCGUAUACUCUAUGCUUGUUACUAUUAGACAGAAUCGGUCGAAAAUCUCUUUACUGUGCUUCCAUGCUGUCAGGUGGCAUUGCCUGUGUGUGUACAAUAUUCCCCAGCCUCUAUGCCAACCAAGAUCUCCAGUGGGUCACUGUGAUCUUGGCAAUGGUAGGGAAGCUUGGGGCGGCAGCUGCCUUCGCCAUUGUCUAUGUCUAUUCAUCUGAGCUGUUCCCCACCGUCGUUAGGAAUAGUGCCCUAGGGGCAGCUUCCAUGUUUGCCCGGGCCGGCGGUAUGAUCUCGCCCUACAUCUCCGAUAUGAGUGACUUUGUCGGCGGUGACAUCGGGAAGGCUCUACCUCUGCUGAUUUUUGGGGUUUCCGCGGUCGUCGCUGGUCUCCUGUCGCUCGUGCUGCCAGAGACUCUGAACAAAAAGCUGCCUGAGACAAUAGAGGACGGGGAAAAACUUCGGCAGGACAUAUAA